AGCGGAAGUGAAGAGACGGCUCAAUUGCCAGCGCUCUACGGAAUCGUUGUACCCGCGUGUCGGAGGUUUAUUUGAACGGCGGCAUUAUGAGCCUCUUAAAUAAGCCCAAGAGUGAGAUGACUCCAGAGGAGUUGCAGAAGCGGGAAGAGGAAGAAUUCAACACAGGGCCCCUUUCUGUCCUCACACAGUCUGUCAAAAACAACACUCAGGUGCUGAUCAAUUGUCGUAAUAACAAGAAGCUUCUGGGUCGUGUCAAGGCCUUCGACCGACACUGCAACAUGGUGUUGGAGAAUGUCAAGGAGAUGUGGACAGAGGUGCCGAAGAGUGGGAAAGGCAAGAAGAAGUCAAAGCCUGUCAACAAGGAUCGUUACAUCUCCAAGAUGUUCUUGCGUGGAGAUUCAGUCAUUGUGGUGCUGAGGAACCCCCUUAUUGCUGGCAAGUAACAAGCUAUCCAAAGUUGCACCCUUGAACAUGGAAGCUCCAGAACCAAGCUGUUUGGGGGACACCUACCGGAGACUGGUUUAGUUUCAGCCAUCGGAUCAUCCACUCAGCUGCACCUUCUGUAACUAGUUGUCAUGUACUGAAUAUUUUGUUUACCGAGAGUCCCAGGUUGCUGAAUUUCUCAUGUCCAAGAGCUGAUGUGGGGAUGUCUCACUCUCGAAUAACUCCUUGCUGCGUUAUUGUAUGUGAUGUGCUGAUUUUUCCCCCUUUUGCAAUAAACAUUUUGUUAAAUUC